UUUUAAAUAAAGCUAGAGAGAUUCGGGGUCUGGUGAAGGGGCUGUCUGUAGGCGCCAUGUCGGGCCGCGAAGGUGGCAAAAAGAAGCCCCUGAAACAGCCCAAGAAGCAGGCCAAGGAGAUGGACGAGGAAGAUAAGGCUUUCAAGCAGAAACAGAAGGAGGAGCAGAAGAAACUCGAGGAGCUAAAAGCCAAGGCCGCGGGCAAGGGACCCCUGGCCACAGGUGGAAUUAAGAAAUCUGGCAAAAAGUAAGCUGUUCCUCAUAUCUGAGAUGACGGUGAGCCUCUUCCAUUCCUAUUUAAACAUCUGGAUUCCCUGCCAUAACAUCUUUACCACCUACAGCUAGAAUGAAGUGUUACCCUGGAGCCUGCUAAACAUCUGGAUUCCCUACUAUAACAUCUUUGCCACCUAUAGUUAGAAUGAAGUGUUAUCCUGGAGCCUGUUGUACAUUGUAAUAAACUUUUGUAAAAAAAAAAAAAAAAUUAUAAUAAUAAAUAAUACAAUGGCUCAUUGUC